AUGCCCGAUAUGUCUACGUUCUUCCAGGCAUCGCCGCCCAAACUCGAUCUCACGAGUGCACACCCACAACUCUUCCAAGUCCCCGCGUCCUCGACAUCUUCCCUCUACUCGCUGUCUGUCAGCCGCAAGCGGUCCCGUCGGGACACCGGAAACCUAUCCUCCAAGUUCGACUUUGACGCCUCCAUCACCACUUCACCGCUCUUCCAUCCCGAUCGCCAGUAUAGCGGCGUUGACGAUUUCAGCGCAGAGCUAGACUAUCGUCCAAACCGAUAUCGCGAAUCUUUCCUCCCGCCAUCCCUGAGUGCAAGCUUUGACUCGGGAGCUCCUGAACACUCUGGCACGAGCCGCAAGCGCAGCAGACGCGACUCGUGUAUCGCCUCACCAAUCACCGACGAUGAUCCAAUGGACAGUCCGGCCGAAAGCCGUCUGGGCUGGGGACGCACUGUUAUAAACGUGGUCGGCAAAGUCCUCGAUCUUUGCUGGUCGGGUGCGUUUCGAGGUUUCUAUGCCGGCGGUGGACAAGGCUACGAUAUGACGGCGGCCUCCUCCCCGGCUCCUUUUAAUCCCAAAUGGCAACGAUCCCCGAACGAGAGGGAGAACGAGAACCAGAUGUGUCGAACACCAGUCCCUGGCCAGUAUCCAGAAGAGGAUAUCGAUCGCAGCUGGGUAGUGGUCCCCACCGAUUCCACCGAUCCCUUCAUCGAAGAAACAGCCAGUCCAUGCGUAAAAGUUCGCCGGAUUCACCAGGUCUCUAGUCCCCGUCGACGACAGGCUAUAAUGCCAAAGCUAAGCAAGAGCUCCACUCUUUCAUCCGUACGGCCAUCUACUCCAUCUCGAACUUCGGGACUUCCGUCACCACGGUCAAAAGAUGACCCAGAUUCCGCCAAGAUGCAGCGAUAUGCGGCAAAGUUACGGCGCAAGGAAAGGGAAGAAGAUGCCAGUAUGCAACGAUUCAAUGAGCGACUUCAGGCGAUGAUUCGCGAAGGGAAAGCGGCGCUGAACACGACGGUGGAGGUGGAAUAUGAAGACGACAUGGACUUUAAAAUGUCAUGA